AACCACAUAAAUGUGUACACGGAAUCAAUUAACAUUUGGAAGGUCGCAUAUAACGGUCGGACAACGGAUGAAAUGAUUACGCUCGGUCCGACUUCGCCAGUCACUCAAUCGUACUUGAAGCAGACGUGGCCAUCACUAGCAGGAACACGCUGGCUUCCUUCUAUUGGGUCUGCAUGUGCACGGGAGACUAUAAGAUCCGCACCCAGGCGGUAAUGGGAAUUCUUCAUUCACCACGAGGAUGUCCGAUAUCGCGACUCCUGAGUUUCUCAACCAAUUACAGUCUUUAUAUCCUGCACCAACAAGAUAUGUCGACAGUGGCUGGUACCUAGCUGCCGCAGUAGCAUUUAGCUCGAGCAACCGCCCCGAAGCCGUCCCAUGUGUACUCCGCCAUGCGCUCGACGACCUCGAGAAACUCCCUGACACCUCGGAUGAAGAUCGCAGGCUGCUUGUGCGAAAGAUGAGGGAGGGUAUCUUUAAAUCUGGCUUGCUCUCAGGUUAUCCCAAAGUCAUCCACGCUCUUAUUUCACUAUAUGAGGCCACCCCAAAAGAGUUUCGGGACACUGAGCCUAUGCGAGACCCCACUCGAUCGAAAGAGGAAGUCGCUGCUGCUGGUCAGGCAUAUUUUGAUUUGCAAUAUGGUGAUACUGCAACAGAAAUUCAGGCCAUGCUUCGAUCCAUAUACCCAGACCUCGAACACUUCACGAUCACAGCUGGGUACGGGUAUGUGCACUCCUUCUCGAAAGUGAUCUCACCCAAGGAGACGUCAUUUGCCAUUAUUGCUGCAUUAAUCGCAAACGACACGCUCAGUCAGGUUGAAUGGCAGCUCACUGGCGCUGUUCGCAAUGGCGCAGCAGUUGAGGAGGCCAGAGGUGUAAGAGAAAUCGCACUGAGAAUUGCGAUGACGGUGGGCGUCUUGAAACAUAAAGUUCCUAACAUUUGA